AUCUGUUUACAGUCCGGACGUGACGGACGAUGGAUGUGUGACUGAUGCCUGGCGUUGGGGAAGUGAGUUAAGCCAACCGAAGGAGGGCCUCCCCCAUUUGGAUGAACAGUAAGGAUGGCCCAGAAAACAUCCCGGCAGCGCCCGUCUCUGGAGUAGCCGAGAGCGUGGGGAGAAGGCCCGGGCCACAGCUCCGUCCAGCCAAUGUGGGUGCUCAAGCGCUACCGUCCCUGGCGAUGGCACGAGGCAGGCGCCCGGCAGCGAGUCCUCCAGCGGGCUGUGGCGCGCCGGCGGCCGAGGGCGCCUUCCUUCCCGGCAGCGGCUGAGGCCUGCGUGCCCCGAUGGAGAUGAGCGGUGCCUUCCGGCCGGGCGCAGGAGUCAGUGCUGCCUUGGGACUAUGACCUCGUAUCGACCUGUUCGCGAGAGCGGAGAUGUUGGGGGGCCCGGCUUGAAAGGCGGCGACUACUACUCCCUGGGAUUCUGGGCUCAGAAUGGCUGCGCGAGGCACCUCGAGGGCCCCGCGGCCCCGCGGCUGGCCACCGCGACCCCGGCCAUGCCCAAGAUGGGCGUCCGGGCCAGAAUCGCCGACUGGCCUCCCAAGAGAGAAGGGCUGAAGGACCCCGCCCCACCCCGAGACCCGGAGGCCCCGGCCCCCGUGCCGCCGCGGGGCUUCCAGAACGGGCAGCCUCCGGGCGGGGCCGUCCCCUCGGGGUUCAGAGGCUUCCAGCGCCUGGCCCGGCGGAGGUCCAAGGAUGCCGAGUUCCAGGACAGCUGGCUCCCCUCCCCGGCCCGGGGGCUCCUCCCGCUGCGGAACCGGAGCAGCAGCGAGAUCACCCUCAGCGAGUGCGACCUGGACGAGGCCUUUGAGCCCCGGGGGGCCCGGCUGGCCGGCGGCCUGCCCCUCUUCCGCGAGUAUGGGAGCACCUCCUCCAUCGACGUGCAGGGCAUCUCCGAGCAGAGGUUCUACGACAUGCUCCGGGAGUUCCGCGGCGGGACCCUGCUCCCCCAGCCGCUGGAGCCUGGCCGGGCCUCCCAGGGGGGCAGGGCCGAAGCCAGGGACAGUCAGGGGCUGCCCCUGCCGGGGGACGAGUCCUCCCUGCAGCACAAGGAGAAGUCCCGCAAGAAGGGCCCCAAGGCAGAGGCAGGCGGCGGGGGGGAGUCCAUCUUCCGGAAGCUGCGGAGCGGGCGGGGGGAGCAGGAGGCCAGCAGGGCCCUCUCGGACCCCGAGGAAGGCAAGGGCCCGGAAGGGGGCCGCGCCUGGCUGUGCCCGAAGAGCUUUGCCCACUACGACACCCAGAGCAUGCUCUUCGACCUCAACGCGGUGGUGGCCCGGCGGGCCUACGUGGCCCAGAGGAGGAACACUGCCACAGGGGCCUCCGCCGCCUCCGCCGUCUCGGCCGCCGUCUCCCGGUCCUGCGGCCUGGGGAGCCUGGAGCCCCCCGCCGCCGCCUUCCUCAGCACCGAGGAACUGAGCUACAAGGAUAACCUGGAGCCCGACCCCGGGGACGACAACAGCAACGCCCUCCUGCUCAGCUGCCCGCACUUCCGCAACGAGACCGGCGGCCAGCAGGAGCGCAACAUCAGCUUUUCCCGGGCCUCCGCCGGCUCCCCGGGGGGCGGGGGCGGGGAGGGCAGCCCAGAGCAGGCCUGUCCCGCCACCUACUAUCGAUCUACUUUCUGUGCACUGAGGACAGAGCAUUCCAACUACUUUGGGGUGGACGAGAAGCUGGGGCCCGUGGCCGUCAGCCUCCGGCGCGAGAAGCUGGAGGACCACCGGGAGCACGGGCCUCAGUACCAGUACAGGAUCAUCUUCCGCACCAGCGAGCUCUGCCGAAAGCACAAGGUGGGCAUCUUGUACUGCAAGGCUAGCCAGAGCUCGGAGGAGGAGAUGUACAACAACGAGGAGGCCGGCCCGGCCCUGGAGGAGUUCCUGGAGCUGCUCGGGGAGAAGGUGUGCCUCCGCGGCUUCAGCAAGUAUGCCGCCCAGCUGGACACCAAAACCGACUCCACGGGCACGCACUCCCUCUACACGACCUACCAGGGCUACGAGAUCAUGUUCCACGUUUCGACGAUGCUCCCUUACACCCCCAACAACAGGCAACAGCUGCUCAGAAAGAGGCACAUCGGGAACGACAUCGUCACCAUCAUCUUCCAGGAGCCGGGGGCCCUGCCCUUCACCCCCCAGAACAUCCGCUCCCACUUCCAGCACGUGUUCGUUAUCGUUCGGGCCCAGAACCCCUGCACCGAGAACGUUUGCUACAGCGUGGCCGUGACCCGAUCCAAAGACGUCCCACCCUUUGGGCCAGCCAUCCCAAGCCGAGCCACAUUCCGCAAAUCGGACGUCUUCCGAGACUUUCUGCUGGCCAAGGUGAUCAACGCCGAGAACGCCGCCCACAAGUCAGACAAGUUCCACACCAUGGCCACCCGCACGCGCCAGGAGUACUUGAAAGACCUGGCGGAGAACUGUGUCACCAGCACCCCCAUCGACUCCACGGGGAAGUUCAACCUGAUCUCCCUGGCGUCCAAGAAGAAGGAGAAGACGAAGGCCCGGGCAGGGGCAGAGCAGUACAGCACGGGGGCCAUUGCCUGGAGGGUCUGGGCCCAGGACUACACCCAGGGGGUGGAGAUCGGGUGCGUCCUGGGCGUCUCCAACGAGUUCGUCGUCCUGUUGGACCUGGCCGCCAAGGAGGUGGUGUUCAACUGCUUUUGCGCGGACGUGAUCGGCUGGACGCCGGACUCUUUUGCCAUCAAGGUCUUCUACGGUCGCGGGGACCACGUCUUUGUCCGGGCCCUGGAGAGCAACCCAGACGACAUCAAGGAGAUUGUGCAGAGACUGAAGGUGAUGACUUCCGGCUGCGAGACGGCGGAGAUGACCCUGCGGAGGAACGGCCUGGGCCAGCUGGGCUUCCAUGUGAAGUUCGACGGGACGGUGGCGGAGGUGGAGGAGUACGGCUUCGCCUGGCAGGCGGGGCUGCGGCAAGGCAGCCGGCUGGUGGAGAUCUGCAAGGUGGCCGUUGUCACCCUCAGCCACGACCAGAUGAUCGACUGGCUGCGCACCUCCGUGACGGUCAAGGUAGUCAUCAUCCCCCCGCACGAGGACGGCACGCCCCGCAGGGGCUGGGCCGAGACCUUCAAAGCGAGCACCACGGAGCCCAAGGUGGAGCCAGAGAGCCUGCCGGUGGGCUUCCGGCCCCCCUACCGCAGCCACUCGGCCUGGCAGUGGACUGGGUCGGCCACUCACGGCUCCUCGCAGGCCUCCAAGUGGGGAGAGCAGCCCGCCCCCGGCCACGGCCAGUCACAGUCCCUCACGAGGACCCCGAAACAGAACGCGGCGGCUCCGUACCGAGAGACACAGCCGCUGCACGGCAAGAGGCCGGUGAGCUUCCCGGAGACUCCCCACGCCGCGGCGGCUACACCAGCCGGAGCCGAGCGGGCACAAGCUUACCGGCAGCCCUCUGGCAGCUUUUCCAUACCAGCAUCUUCUGGAACGGCCUAUUCGCGGUACAAGCAUUCUCCAGACAGAUACGCCACCUCCUGCCCACGGCCCCUGGCGCCCUUCGACCCGCUGCACGGCCAUGAGGUGACCUCCAACGGAGACUCCUCCCCAGGGGGGCUGGCCAGCCAGGAGAGCACCAUGGAGAGGCCCAAGCCCGAGCCGCUGUGGCACGUGCCGGUGCAGAACCGACUAUCCGCCGCUUCCGGGAGCAGCGUGAGCAAGCGGACGGGCAGGCAGGAGCCGGCAGGCAAGGAGUCUCCCAACCGACACUCCAAAGGCGAGGGGCCGUCCUCCAGCAGCCACUCCAGCAGCAACACCCUCUCCAGCAACGCCUCCAGCAGCCACAGCGACGAGCGGUGGUUCGACACCCCCGACCCCGCCGAGGCCGACCCAGAUCCCCUGGCCAAAGGGGGCUCCAGCGACAGCGGCAUCGACGCCACCAGUGCCAAAUCCUUGCGCCGGGACAAGAUGCCGACGGUCUCUCCCCCCUACGGGGCUGCCCUGCAUCACGGCGACGAGCGGUGGUUCGACCCCCCCGACCCCGCCGAGGCCGACCCAGAUCCCCUGGCCAAAGGGGGCUCCAGCGACAGCGGCAUCGACGCCACCAGUGCCAAAUCCUUGCGCCGGGACAAGAUGCCGACGGUCUCUCCCCCCUACGGGGCUGCCCUGCAUGAGGGCGGCUGCCAGAGGAGGGAGUCGUCGCCCGGGGUCAGCUCCGGUGGGCAGAGCCGGGGCUACCGCCCCAAGGCCUUCGGCGUGGGCGCCAGCAGCGUGGCUGGCCGGAGCGGCGGCAGCAAUAACAACCCCUUCAAACAGCCAAGGCAGGUCUUUCCCCUUCCUGUGCCGGCUCAUCUCACUCGAGAGGCUGUUUAUGAGACAUACACACGAGGACACUCAGGAGCACAGUCUAGAUUCUCCCCCCAGAAAACUAUCCAGCGAACGCUGUCGGACGAGAGCCUGUGCAGCGGGCGCCGCGACGCCACCUACGCCAGCGCCUACGGCUUUGAGCAGCCCCUGCCCGGCGACGUCCUCUUCACCAGCACCUUCCCCUCCAGCACUCUGCCGGUGCGGAGGCAGCACCCGCCCCCCGGCCCGGGGAGGGGCCCCGAGAAGAAGG